UUUGACUUUUUAGGUUGUUUACAAUUUAUAUAUGUAUGACAAAUACUAAAACUUACAUAAUAAUUAAUAUGCUUCUGGUUAAAAGCAAUUGUCUUACAAUUUUUCAAUAAAAAUGAUUCAUAAGUGGUGGUAUGUAUUUAUAAGAAAGCGUACUAAACCAAUUCCCGAAGAUACAGCCGUUGUAUGGAAAAAGAGGCUUAGUAUUGCAUAUGGUUUAUUAACCUGGAAUGCUUUUGGAUUAAUGAUAUAUUCAAUUUCUCAAGGAAAGGCAGAUUGGGCACAUUAUUAUGGCUUGAAAUCUGAUGAAGAAAAGGCAAUUUCACCUGCAAAAUCUUGGACACAAAUCCUUGGAAUUAAAAAUGCAAAGGUAUACAGAAUAUCGGGAUUAACAAAAACAGAUGAAUAUGAAAUAAUAGAUGGAGAGGAAGUAAGGAAACCAGACAUCAAAGAAACAGAAGAACUUCUAGACUAGAUGAUAUUUAAAACAGCCCAAAUGGUAUAAGUUGGUUUAUGUGAUUAUAAAAUUAAAAGUCAUAACAUAUUUCAAAA